UGUCUAGAGCUUCAACGGUUUUUCCUGUCAAUUUUCAGUUUGCACACUCACGCAUAUGCGCAUGAAUAGGACUCUCACCAAACCAGCUACUGUAAAGCGUCUUCACACUCUGCAUGAUAAAUAAUUAUAUCCUAUCAUGGUAGGAUAUUGUCCAAUCUGUGGGAAGCCUGUCUACUUUGGAGAGAAGAAGAGGUCCUUAGGGAGAGACUACCACCCUUUGUGUCUUAAGUGUCAAAAGUGUAGCAGACAACUCACAGCUGGACAGCAUGCUGAGUACGAUGAGAAGCCAUACUGUUCUUACUGCUACUUGAAGAUGUUUGGCCCAAGAGGUAACAGGUAGCUGAUGUCCUGAUGGUGUAGUGCAUCCCCAAGAGACCGGACUGAACCCAAACAGACAGUAAAAAGAGACAUGCAAGCCCAGUUUAUAAACUAAAGAACAUAGAAAUGAAUCAAAACAAAUUGUACAAAGUGUAAUAUUUAUUAACGCAUGUUGUCUAUACCAUGAUCUAUAUUCAUGUAAAGUUAAUCUGACAGACAUAAUAAAUGUAUUUUGACAAAAAAAACCAAAACUGUAAAUCC